GGAACGGCCCCCGGGGCCCGGGGCGGGAGCGGCGGGGCCGGUCCCGGGAAGCGCCGCCCCGGAGGCCGGGCCGGGGAGGGCGGAGCGGCCCCGCAGCACCCACCGCAGCCGCCGCCGGAGAGCUCUCUGCCUGCCCGGGCAGGGGGCCGCACGCAUGCCAGCAGGGCCGCAGCCCCCGCGCCCCGAGCCAUGCGGUGACGCGGGCACAGCCCCCAGCAGCCAUGGCCCAGUCCCGGGCCAACGGCUCCCACUACGCCCUGACGGCCAUCGGGCUGGGCAUGCUGGUGCUGGGCAUCAUCAUGGCCGUGUGGAACCUCGUGCCCGGCUUCGGCCCCCCCGACAAACCCGGCAGCCACGCCGGCAACAGCAGCAAGCCCGAGCGCGGCUCCGGCGGCAUCCUCAAGAGCAAAACCUUCUCGGUGGCCUACGUGCUGGUGGGAGCGGGUCUGCUGCUGCUCCUGCUCUCCCUGUGCCUCAACGUCCGCGACAAGAAGAGGCAGAGCGAGGAGCUCGCCAUCGCUCACGUGCAGCGCCAGGUGUCUGCGGAGCCCUCGCAGCAGGAGGACAGCCAAGAAGAGGAUGAAGACGUCUCUUCCCAAUAUUACGUGCCCAGCUACGAGGAGGUGAUGAACACGGGCUACUCCGAGCCCAGAGACUCGGACAGGAGCAACAGGCUCAGCGUGUCCCUGCCCUCCUACGAGUCCUUGGCAGGGCUGGAGGAGAGCGGCGCGGCGGCGGGCGCGGAGCCGGGCGCGGAGAGGCCGCCCAGCCGGCACAGCUCCCGCCUCAGCAAGCGCCUCAAGCCCCUCAAGGUGCGCAGGAUCAAGUCAGAGAAGCUGCACCUGAAGGACAUCAGGCUAAACCUGCCGCAGGGCAACAGCAGCGUCCCCAUCACGAUAGAGCCCCUCACCCCUCCGCCCAAGUAUGAGGAGAUCCAGGAGAAAAUGCCAGUGGGCCAGCAAAUGCCUUAAAAAAAAAUAGAGGAAUCUAUGAUGCUGCUUGGUUGAGGGUUUUCUGAAACCCGCCGUGCCAAGAGGGGGUUGGUGUGUGGGUGCAGAAGCAGCCAGGGCUCCCUGGAAGCUGCCACGUGGAGGACGUGCUGUGGCACAAGGAUGGGACUCAUUUUCCCUGGGACUGGGUUUUACAAAAGACUGUGGGGAAAGAAACCUGAACACCACAGUUCUGCUGCUGUGAAGUAAAUGAAGGCUGGACAUGCCAAAAGUGUCACUUGUGGUGUUUGAAACGAGACCACCCAGUGCAUCCUCUCCUGUUCUCUUCCAGCAAGAUUUUCCAAGCCACCAAACUGAUGUUGCAGAAGGAUUUUCCAAGUCGGAAAAAUGAAGUGUUUCUUUUUUUGGGUGUCUUUUCUUUCUGAGGAAGGGGAAGCACGUUGCCAGAGAAGCACCACGGCUUUCCCUGGCUCCCAGCUGGGCUGGGCUGGUGGCCCAGAGCCAGCCCUGACUCCUGCCAAGGUCUCUGCUGGCUGGUGGGAAGCAGCUGAAAGGGGCCUCCUGCUCCUCAGGGAGAGGAUGGAUUUCUUGCCUCUGCUGCUUUCCCUGUUGUGUUUUGUGCUCCAUUCGAGGCAAGUGGGUGACUCUGGGGGGCUGGGAGCUGCGUGUGCCAGUGCCAGGGGUGAAACCACUGCUGAGCAUCCUGUGCAGGCAGACUGGGCUGAAUAAAUGUUUUGUAUGUUGUGU